CGAUGAAGACGAAGUAUGUCUUAACAGGCAUUUAGUGAUAUAUCAAGCCACGAUCAUUUCUAUUGGCACAGUACGUCUUUAGCCUCAGAUUAAGGAGGAAGUACUAACGGAGCAUUACAAAACGAUCUGUUCGAAAAAAAGAAGAGAAUAUAAUCGACGAUAAGAAAGUGCAAUUUUCAUUGUUGACAAUAAUCAGACGAAUUAGUUUAUUCGUUGCGUCAUUAACAUCAUCUUGUCGAUAUGAAACAAAACGGAAUACCAUUGAAUGAAAUAGACUUGGAAAAUUCCGCGAUAACUAAUAUCGAGGAAACGAAAAUUUCUAAGAACAGAGGAGCUGAUAUUACUUAUGGCAUUGACGACGUGCCACCGUGGUAUUUGUGCUUCUUUAUGGCACUUCAGCAUUAUCUGACCAUGAUCGGUGCCAUCGUUUCGAUUCCAUUCAUCCUAACGCCAGCACUUUGCAUGGCUGAGGAUGAUCCUGCCAGAAGUUACAUAAUCUCAACGAUGAUCUUUGUAACUGGUCUUGUUACUCUCUUGCAAACUACAAUAGGAUGCAGAUUACCAUUGGUACAAGGUGGUACUAUAUCAUUUUUAGUACCUACCCUUGCUAUAUUGAGUCUACCACAAUGGAAAUGUCCAGCGCCAGAGAUUUUGGAAGCAAUGUCUCACGAAAAUCGUACGGAGUUAUGGCAAAUUCGUAUGAGAGAAUUAUCCGGUGCAAUCGCGAUAUCUGCAUUGUUUCAAGUCAUUGUUGGAUUCGGAGGUAUCAUCGGAUUAAUGUUAAAAUUUAUAACUCCUUUAACGAUAGUACCAACCGUCUCAUUGGUCGGACUAUCUCUUUUCGAGAAUGCUGCGGAAGCUGCAUCGAAACAUUGGGGUAUCGCUGCCGGAACGAUACUAAUGCUCACGAUGUACUCGCAAAUAUUGAUCAAUGUAUCUGUUCCGAUAGUGAUGUAUCGUAAGGGCCAUGGAUUACGAAUCGUCUGGUUCGAAUUGUUUAAAUUAUUUCCCGUACUAUUGACGAUUGUUGUAAUGUGGAUUAUCUGUACGAUUUUAACAGUCACCGAUACUUUGCCCGUUGGUCAUCCUGCUAGAUCAGAUAGUAAAAUAAAAAUUAUCAGUGAUUCUCCAUGGUUUAGAAUUCCAUAUCCUGGUCAAUGGGGAGUACCUACGGUCAGUCUAUCAGGUGUUCUUGGAAUGUUAGCAGGUGUAUUGGCAUGUACAGUAGAAUCUAUCAGUUAUUAUCCUACUACUUCUAGAAUGUGUGGUGCUCCACCUCCACCCGUUCAUGCUAUUAAUCGAGGAAUAGGAAUAGAAGGUCUUGGAACUAUGUUAGCUGGUCUAUGGGGUAGUGGCAAUGGUACAAAUACAUUCGGCGAAAAUGUUGGCACCAUAGGUGUAACAAAAGUAGGAAGCCGUAGGGUCAUACAAUGGGCUUGUGGAUUAAUGAUUUUACAAGGUCUAAUUAGCAAAUUUGGUGCCGUAUUUAUUAUUAUACCAGAACCAAUAGUCGGUGGGAUAUUUUGUGUCAUGUUCGGAAUGAUAUGCGCAUUCGGUCUGUCAGCUUUGCAAUACGUAAAUUUGAACUCUUCGAGGAAUUUAUAUAUUUUAGGAUUUUCUAUCUUCUUCCCUAUGGUAUUAUCGAAAUGGAUGAUAAAACACGCAGAUGUAAUAAAUACAGGGAAUGAUAUUGCCGAUGGCGUUAUUACAGUAUUAUUAAGUACAACUAUUUUAGUUGGCGGUGUGAUUGGUUGUUUAUUAGAUAAUAUAAUACCAGGUACUGACGAGGAACGAGGUUUACUAGCUUGGUCAAAAGAAAUGGAAUUAAAUGUCGAAACGUCAGAAGAAAAACAAAGCGAGGAAUAUGUACCAAAUACAUUUGAUUUUCCUAUUGGAAUGAAAUUAUUAAGAAGAUGGAAAUGGACGUCUUACUUACCAUUUUCACCAACCUAUAAGCCAAAUUCUGGUGUAUGUAAGUGUAGCACAAAAAAAUAAAUGUAUAUAUUUAGGUUAUAUAAAAAAGACUUGUAGAAUAUAUUCGUUAUCGUAUUAUAGAUUAGAUUGAGAUAAGAUAUUAUUUGUAUUAAUUGCGUAUAUCGCAUAAGAAAUGUGCAUUCAUGUUA